UGUCAGAAGAUGUAAGCGGCCCAAUAAAAUGGCAACUGUCAGACUUUUCCGACGUCGGAUAAAUGUUAUUGCUGUUAUGUUGGUAGCAACCACUUUAUGGAUUAGCUAUCUUAUCUUGUCAGCACCUGCAGCAACAGGCCAACAAAAACCUGCUUCAGAUCAUCGUUUCCAUGAUGCAGCAUACCCUCUGGUGAAAGUGAAUCAGAUAAAUCACAUCCCUGUGAAUUCUGUAACAAGAAGGGUCAUUGGCCCUCCACCCAUUGAAACUGUGGACGAUGAUGUCAAAGCUCAGUUGGAGAAACCCAAAAUACCCCACCCUCCCCCUGAAGAGUUACUCCCGGACUUGAACAUUAAACCAUUUGGAGAUGAAGUGCCAAACAAUGUUAUCGUAGGGGUGAAGAAGGCUGUUUAUCUGGAGCCAGAUACUGCAGGCAAGAAUGUAGAAAUUGGUGGAAAUGCUAAAGUCAAUGAAGAGAAGCAAAAAGAGAAGAAGGAAAAUCAGGAUCCCAUUAAAGAGAUUAAGGAGGAUAUUAAAGUAAUUAAAAAUCAUAUUGAAAGUUUAAAAGAGGGGAAAGUAGUUAUUCAGAAUGGCACAAAGCUGGUUGAAAAAAUGAAUGCAACAGAACAGGCUGUUUUGAAAAAAGUGGAAAGUAAAGUUUUAGCAUUGGGAGAAUCCAUGAAAAAUAAAACCUUACAGAAACUGGCAGAUUUAGGUGUCUAUAAGAAGAAGCAAUACGAGAAAUUAAUUUAUCAGCAUACAAACUGGAACCUUAGUUUGUCUGUAGAAGACAUUGGUAAUAUCAUAAAAGACACAGAAUAUUUUCAAAAGAAGCAAAACUUGACAGAGAUGGAGUAUCAGCCGCUGAUGCAGCCCAAUUCUAGUCAUCUGUUGAAUGUGACUGCGGCCAAGUAUGGACUUGGGUACUGUGACUGCCAAGAUCUCUCGUGCCUGUGUUGUGUUCGUGUGUUCAACAAGAGAAUGAGGUUGAAUAGCACAUCAUGUGCUGCCAUAGUGUAUUCAUCCAAGUCUUUGGAAUUGCAGUAUGAAUUUUCUGUUGACAAGAAGCAAUACUUUUCCAGAGUUAUUGCAGCGGAAUUUCCACCCAAGAUCUGCCUAGAGGCUGCAGGGAAAGUCGCUGGCCUUUGUACGCUGUUUUCCAAUGUCACGGCAAAAGUGAACGUGGCAAAUGAGGACCACAAGAUCCACUUAUCGGGGUGUAUGGAGUUUGAUCUCACCGUGUACAACAAAACUGUCAGCAGUUUCCCGGUGGGAUGCUUUCAGAUUCCUGGAUUGUCGUCAGUGGAAAAAGAGAAAAAUAAAGCUCCAAAUAUGAUCAAUUUUAUGCCUUAAAACUUGAAAGUAAUUGUAGGAAAGUGAUUUAGAGCUUAAAAAGGUAUGGUGGUUAGAUGAUCAUGUAAAGAAUAUAUGUGUUCAUGUCACAAAUUAUGUAGCUUAAGAUUUAAAGGUGAAUUGUAACGCUAUAUUUAUGAGAUUGCUGGCUUUUGUACAUAAAUUGUUGCCUGUUAUUAUUAAAUCUCACUACAUUCCCUGCAUAGAGACAUUUUGUAAAUAUUAACAGUUGGGAAACCUGUUUCAUUGGAUUUGUAAUCUUCAUACAUUGCAUCUCAUUCUGGAAGAACUGGGCUUAAUAAGAUGCGUAAUGUUUUGUCCAUGAUCAGCCUCUGCGGACUGCACAGGCUUAUUUGGGACUAUACUUUGCACACAUCCAUUAAAAAUAGUUUUCCUAGAACAAGGCUUAACCCUUUGCAUGCUGGGAAAUUUGUCGUUUGCUAAAAUGUUGUCUGCUAAAUUUUUCAAAUUAGCAUAAUCUUCGAUUUUUUUCAAAGAAUACUAUCAGAAUAGCUAACAGUUUGGAUCCUGAUGAGACGCCACAUUCUGUGGCGUCUCAUCUGGAUCCAAACUGUUUGCACAGGCCUUCAAAAUACGGUUCCCGCACUGAAAGGGUUAAAUUAUUUUUGAAACAUAUCAGCAGAUAUAUUUUUUUAUGUCAUUAUGUAAAUUAAAGUGAUUUUUUUUAUAGCUUUUCUGAUUGAUAAAAAUGUACUAAAAAGUUCUAUACUUUCUUAAAAAUCAAGCAGUCACUUAUACAUUUGGAAUCAUUUAAAAUGGAAAUUGUUGCAUAUUUUAAACACUAAGUUUCAAACUACUGUGGAAAAAACACAAACGCUUUGUGAUUUUAUUUAUUCAGAUUAAGAAUUUUUGUUAAAAUUAUAUUUUAUAUGUAUUUCUGUCAUUUCGUCUUAAGUUCUAUGCAUAUUUGUAAUGUAUACUGUUGUUUUUUUGGAAUCAAUCACAAACAAUUUUAAAAUUCUAAUUUUGGCAAUCAGUGAGCAAGUCCCUUUAAUACGAUUUGCAUUUAAAUGGUAAAGAAUUCACAGGUUUUUAUUGCAGAAUUAAUAACUUAACCCUUAAAGCGCUGGAGCUGAAUUUUAA